CAGCAUCCGCAAGCGACCAAGCGCCAUCCGUCAAUUGACCUGUGUCCAUAUCCCCAACCGUCGAGAAUCCAGUUCUUGAUCCCGUCGCCAUGUCGGACGCUAGCGAAGAUGAGCGCGUCACCAAGCCGUUCAAGUUUGUCACAGGUACUGGCUUCGACGCCCGGUUCCCGAACAUGAACCAGACCAAGCACUGCUGGCAAAACUAUGUCGAUUACCACAAGUGCGUCCUGGCAAAGGGCGAGGACUUCAAGCCAUGCCUUCAGUUCAAAGUCGCUUACCGAACCCUCUGCCCCAGCUCCUGGACCGAGCGAUGGGAUGACCAGCGUGAUAACGGCACCUUCCCGUCUCGUCUCGAUCAAUAAGUCAAUCUAGAUGAACAUCGGCGGAGCACUUAGGGCACCCGUUGGUUACUUCUAUAGAUAUCUGUAUCAUACCAGAAUCGAGUCUUGCUAUUGAGUUACAAUUCUGAUACCACGAGACAAGCGUGAAGUCGUAGUCCUGAUCUCUCCGUUUCAUUCGGACAGUAUGGUAGUGCCGGUUGUAUUAAGCUGC